AGACGGGAGCCUGACCCUGAGUAUGCUGCUGCCCCAGAACGGGAUGAGAGGCCAUUGUUGAGUUCAAAGGAAAAGGCCAUGCAGCCAGGCCUCGAACUGCGCAGGGCUUCCGGCUCUCCAUUCUCGCCCUUGGAUUGGCCGUCAAGCAUUCUUCUGCUCACUGGGCCUGCGCGAAGCGGUGAGAAAAGGCGGGGCCCCGGGUAAGAUGGCGGCUGCUGCCGCCGGUAUGGGCCGCCUCGAGGAGGAGGCGCUGCGGCGGAAAGAACGGUUGAAGGCCCUCCGGGAGAAAACCGGGCGCAAGGACAGGGAAGAUGGGGAGCCACAGACCAAGCAGCUCCGAGAAGAGGAGGAAGAAGAUGGGAAGCACAGGGGUCUCAGGCUCCGCAACUAUGUCCCGGAGGAUGAGGACCUGAAGAGGAGGAGGGUCCCCCAGGCCAAACCAGUUGCAGUGGAAGAGAAGGUGAAGGAGCAACUAGAGGCUGCCAAGCCAGAGCCUGUCAUUGAGGAAGUGGAUCUGGCCAACCUGGCACCCCGGAAACCUGAUUGGGAUCUCAAGAGAGAUGUGGCCAAGAAGCUGGAGAAGCUAGAAAAGCGGACCCAGAGAGCCAUUGCAGAGCUGAUCCGCGAACGGCUCAAAGGCCAAGAAGACAGCCUGGCUUCUGCAGUGGACGCCACCACCGGACAAGAGGCCUGUGACUCUGACUGAGGUGUUCUCCAUGUCCCAUCUGCCCAGCACCCAUGUCCUGUGGGAAGAUGGUCUUAGCCAGGGUGGGUUUAGGCUGGCCAGCACUUCCAGGUCUCAAGAACUAAGCUAGCCCAGUCAAGUCUCAACCUCUGUGAGAUGAGGCCAGCUCAUCUCCAGAGUGUCCACCACUGUGAGUGUGUCAGAGCUGAGGUCUGUACAUAUGUGUGUAUAUUGAGCUUUUUUUUUAACUUCUGGAAAUAGAGACAAGUAAACGCCCAUGUGGUA